CAUAUGCCUGUAUCUUCUAUGUCGCAGGUCUUGCAACAACAGUAGCCUUUGUUGCUGACGGCGAACUUUCACAAUUUAUGACUAACCUCUGGAACGAAGAUGUUAACCGAGCAAGUUCUCAUGACAUCAGGUAUAACCUUCAAGGUCAUUCUCCAACUGGGCAUUCAGGUGUGGAUAAUGCCCCUAACAGGUUCUUUAGCUAUGUAAAUGAGGGUCACCUAUUUCAUAGACCAACUUAUUCCACUUUUAUUUCCCUUCUGAACAACUACCACUACAGGACCGGAACAAGUGAAUACCAGACAACGACCGAGGAUACAGAAGUCUCCAUGUUUCUCUCCCAGAUUUCGCAGACGAGUGUCAUAAAACUAGCACAGCAGUUCCUACACUCAAAAGGAUACACCGGGAGUUCGAUGUCGGCCUUUAUAAGCACUCUGAGGAAAAUUUGGUUUGAAUUUUACCCCCGCUCAUCUCACACGACACACGAAGAUACAAGUGGAUUUGAACACGUUUUUGUUGGUGAAACUACCAGCUCAAAAGUUGACGGUUUUCACAAUUGGAUCCAAUAUUACCUCGAAGAAAAGCAUGGAAACCUUAACUAUCUUGGCUUUGUCUAUACAAAACAGCCGGAAAUUAUAGGCACUCACUUCCAGUGGCAUCAUCAGAUUAAAUCCCUUAGUUCAUUCAUUGUCGGCUCCAGUCCUGAGUUUGACCUUGCCAUGUAUACCGUCUGCUUCUUUGUGCGCCAAAACAGAGACUGUAGAUUCACAAUGGCUGGCCAUAGCAUGGAUGUCAAGACCUACACGGUGUCCUUCGGAUCUUACACAGAUUUAAUUGCCACAGCAUAUAUCAAUUGAUAAAAAAACAGUAUAUUCCCAAACCUCGUUUGGGGAACUUAAAUAAUUAAAUGCAUGGUUCAUGGGCAGAUCUAGAGGGAAACUUUAGAACUCACACCAUAAUAUCAAAUAUGGCAUUAGAAUUGCAAGAACAGUCAUUUAUUUAA